AUGAAUAGUGCUAUGAGACCUCCCGGUACAAUCCCAUUACCGGAAACACAGAAGGUUGAUGUGGCAAAACAGAAUGAGCCUAAACAGCCUAAAGAGCCCAAGGAGACCAACUACGUUCACAGAAAAAGACACUAUGGCCGUGGCCGUGGUGGCAGAGGACGUGGUGGUCGUUGGGGCCAAGCAAUCCGUUUUGAUGGUUACGGCCGUGGUGGUCGUGGCCGUGGGUCCUUUAAACCGNCGGUGGUAGGGGCCGUGGGUCCUUUAAACCGCAAAUCAAGGCUAAAUCGAGACAAGUAUGGCCGUGGCCAAGGAAGAAGUGGACACGGUGGUCCUGGUCGUGGGACUUACCAAAGACAUAAUUAUGAUGGUCAAGGCUAUAGAAACCGAUUAGGCUUCGGCCGUGGUCGGGGUAAAGGCCGCGGGUUAUCUAAACCCGCAACAUAA